AUGCCUCUCAAACUACUUUGCCUCCAUGGAUGGGGCACCAAUACCAAGAUCUUACAAUCUCAGCUGAAUGGCCUAACGGCCGAUCUUCGCCGUGAUAAUACGGCGACAUUCCACUUUCUGGAGGGCGAGGUGGACUCGAUUCCCGGUCCGGGGAUAUCGGGAUACUACGACGGCCCUUACUACAGUUAUUAUAAGUUUCCCCGGUCUAUUUCUGACAAUGGCAAGGAGGAAGAGUCUAUGCUCGACGCGUACGACCGUCUUUACGAUGCUUUCGACGAAGAGGGCCCCUUUGACGGGGUCCUGGGCUUCUCCCAUGGGGGCACCUUGGCAGCUGGAUUUUUGAUCCAUCAUGCCAAAUUGCAUCCGCAGGAACCGCCUCCAUUUCGUUGUGCUAUCUUCAUAAACUCUCUCCCACCUUUUCGAAUGAAUCCCGGGGAAGAUCCGGUGAUCGAUCCAGAUCUGGAGGGGUACAUCAAUAUCCCGACCGUGAAUAUUGGAGGCGCUCAAGAUCCGUUACUCGAGUACUCCCUGGCACUGCAUCAGCUGUGUAAUCCAGCCCUCUCAACCUGGGUAGUGCACAGCAAAGGCCACGACAUCCCAGCCGAUAAAAAGAACGUCUCCUCCUUGGCCGCAGCGAUCAGGGCUUUGGCAGUCCAGGCGUUGGCAGUUUGGUGA